AUGGCGCCCAAAUUCCACCUCGAAGACUCGCAACUAAUCGACGCCCUCCACUCCCUCUCCAAAAAAUCGCCCAAGCUCGUCCGGGGAAGCGACGCAGCCGUUCCCUUCCACGAAGACCACACCGUGCGUUCCUGGAAGUUGAACGAAUUCAAGUACUACGUUGUGCCCUCCCCUUUCCCCACCCUCGCCCGCGGGUUGUUCACUACGACUGUGAAGGAGGGCGAUGCGGAGGAGUACGGUGUGGACGUUGAGGAGGGCGUGAAGCAUCGGAUCGUGAUUCGCGGGUACGACAAGUUUUUUAAUAUCGGGGAGGUGCCGUGGACUACCUGGGAGAACCUCCAAAGCCACACCUCGCCACCGUACAUCCUCUCGCUCAAAAGCAACGGAUGCAUCAUCUUCAUCGCCGCCUUGACGCCCUCGAAGCUCAUCGUCACCUCGAAGCACUCGGUCGGGGCGGGCGACGAGAACACCUCGCACGCUAUGCGCGGGCGGAUGUGGCUCAACAAGUAUCUCAAGGAGCGGGGGAGGACCGAGGCGGAUUUGGCUGCUGCGUUGUGGGAGAAGCAGUGGACUGCUGUCGCCGAGCUAUGCGACGACUCGUUCGAAGAACACGUCCUACCCUACCCACCCGAGCAAACCGGAUUACACCUUCACGGCCUCAACGUCUGCUCGCGCCACUUUAUAACAGAGCCUACCACCACCGUCGACGCGUUUGCCGCGGAAUGGGGGUUCAUCCGUACACCCACCCUCAGCCUCCCGUCUAUCAAAGCCGUCAAAGAGUUUACAGAAGAGUGCUCAAAGACGGGUACGUGGAACGGGGAAGCCGUCGAAGGGUUCGUCGUGCGCACCACCACUUCCUCAUCUUCACCACCCGCCGGAUCCAAAAAAACAUCUCCGUACGAACCCAACUCUUCGUUCUUUUUUAAAAUCAAGUUUGAUGAACCGUAUAUGAUGUACCGGGAUUGGCGGGAAGUCACGAAAGCGCUUUUGAGUAUGCGCGCGAAGCAUGGAGAGCAGGGUAUGAAGGCUAGUGCUUUACCUAAAGGCAAGAUGCGCAGGGAGGAGACGAGGAGGUUUGUGGAGUGGGUUAUUAAGGAUAUUCAGAGGAAUCCGGGGGAGUAUGAGGGGUAUAUGAGGAAUAAGGGGAUUAUUAGGAGUCGGGAGAGGUAUUUGAGGUGGGUGGAGGAGGGGGGUGUGGGCGAGAUUCAGACUGUUGGUGGGUUGGGAAAAGAGGAGGGAGGGGAUGGGAAGGAGUGGGGUAAGACUGUUAUUGUGCCUGUUGCUAUUCCUGGGUGUGGUAAAACCACCGUCUCACUCGCCCUCUCCAAACUCUUCGGAUGGGGCCACACGCAGAGCGACGACGUGCAAGCUAAGAAGGCCGCUCCCGUUUUCAUCAAGAACGUAACUAAAUUACUCACCGGGGAGGCGGAGCAGGAGGAGAGGGUGAAAGCGAGGAAGGCGGAGAAGGUUAAGGAGAAGGAGAGGAAGGGGAAGGGGAAAGCACGGAAGCGUGGUUCGGAGGAGGAGGCAGCGGAAGCGGCGGAAGUGAAUGAGGAGGGUAGUGAAGUUAAGAAGGAAGAGGAAUUGGGUGAACAAGAAAGAAUAACGAAAUACGGAUACGACGUUGUUAUCGCUGACAAGAACAACCACCUCAAACGCCACCGCGCCGACCUCCGCGCCGCCCUUUCCUCCCUGCGCUCACCACUCCCGACGCGCAUGGUCGCCCUGUACUGGGACAUCUUGACUAAACCACCAGCUAUGGUUCACCGGAUUUGUUCGGAUCGGAUUUUGGGGAGGGGUGAGAAGCAUCAGACGUUGGUUCCUGAGGAGGGGAGUAAGAGUCAUCAUGAGGAGGUUGUGUGGAUGUUUGUUUCGGGUGCGGAGGAGUUGGGAGGGGAUGAGGUCGACGAUAUAAUCGAAAUGCAGAUCAACGAGCACGAGACGGUCGAAGAUCAGGUGUGGCGCGCUGUUGAAGGACUUUGUGCGCUUGACGGUCUAGGGCCUCCAAUCGAAGUCGAAGUCCGCGAUCAGGAUGGGAAGGUGGUUGUAGGCGAGGAUGGGAAGGUGAAGAAGAAAGUUGUUAGAGGGAGGUUGGAGAAGCCGACGAGGGGGCAGGUGAGGGAAGCGUUGGAGUGGGUGAAGAAGUAUGAGGAGGAGGUUGGGGAGCGGAGGCGGGCGGUUGGGAAGGGGAAGGGUAACAACGCCAAGAAGCAAACAGCCGAAGCCACCGGAGGGGGGAAGAAGAAGAGGAAAGGAGGAGACGAGUUGGGUAAUGCGCGGUAUUAUGCGAUUUUGCCCGAGUUUGAUGUUGUUGAGUUUGUGGAUGGGAGGAUUGCGGAUUUGGAGCUUAAGGUGGCUGCUUCAGGAAAAGGAGGUGAUGAGAGCGUGGAGAAGUUGAAGGCGUUUUGGAAAAAGUUGAAGGAUGGGAAGAGGGUUACGAAACGCCCGCAUGUGACGAUUGUGCAUCGGAAUGGGUUGAAGGAGUUUAGUUCGUCGUCUUCUUCUUCUUCCGACGGUCAGGAGGGAGGCGACGCCGGUGGUGCUGCAGACUCGAAGGAAGCUCAGGAGAAGGAGGGUCAGAGAGGAGUAAAGUUGGAUGGGAGGACGGUGUGGGAUAUGUGCAAUGCGGUGGACCAGAUGCUCGAUCCGCCCGUGUUUGAGGGUGUGAUUCGGUAUGCUGUGUGGAAUGAGAGGGUUAUGAGUUUGGUGUUUGAGGAUGUUGGGCUUCUGGGUUCUGAGACUGUCGACGCGGACGCCGACACUGCGCCCUCCAGCACCGCUCCAGCCUCAACGUCUAACGUCGACGCAGCCGCUCCAUCCUCCACCAACGUCGACGCCGACGGCUUGGCAUCAUCCAUGGCCGACCUCUCCCUCUCCACCUCCACUGCUCGUGGUUCCAAGACGAACACGAAACUAGCUAAAGAACUCGUAGAUGGUCUACCGAACGAUGUGAAGAGACGGUUGCAUGUUACGGUUGGGACGAGGGAUGGGGGUGUGCCGCCUGUUGAGGGUCGGUGGGUUGUUGAGGGGUGGAGGGAGGGUGGGAGUUGUGUUGGUGGGAGUGGUAAAGGGAAAGAAGAGGUGUGGUGUGUGGAGGUUGGGGAGGUGAGGGUUCGGGGGCUGUUGAAGGGGUUGGUUUCGUAG